AUGGCUGGCAGCGAGGAACGGGCCGCCGCGGCCCUGACGCACUCUCGGACUCUCUUUCUCGACGACCGUGGCGUCCCGCUGCGAUUCUACCUGCCGCCGGGGCCCACCAAGGCCUCGCUGUCGCCGCUGAUCAUCCACGGCGGUGGGGUGAUGUGCCGGCUCCGGGAGCCGGACGCCAUCCUCCUGACCGAGUUGGGGGCCGAGGGGCCGACGCCGAGAGGCUACCUCAGCGCCCGCUACGUGCUGGACUGCGUCGAGCAGGACAAGCAGCUGACGCUGGAGGAGUACGGAGCCUCCCCGCAGGUGGUGACAUCGCUGGGCCGCGGCAGGUUGACGUACACCGAGGAGGAGGAGGCCGCCAUCUUGUCGUACGUGCGCUCUCAUGGCGACGGCUCCGUCACCGGCACUACGCUCUGGAUGGAGAUGGAGCGAAACAACGUGACCGCCCAUUCCUGGCAGUCCAUGAAGAGCCGCUACCUGGGCUGCCUCCGCGGCCGGGAACAGCCCGACAGCGCCAAGAGAAAGCGACCGGCGGUCACCAUUCGGACCGCUCCCGGGGCCGGGGCCGCUAAGGAAGAAGGUAAAAGGAAUCCUCAAAAUCCUCAGCAGAUUGAAUUGAAGUCUAUCGAACAAGCAACCACGUCAGCUGAACGACGACCUGAUGCAAAUUCAGAUGAGGAAUGCUGCAACAUAUUUCAUAUUGCUAUCCGUGAAUUUGAGGUUGAUGAUGACAGUCCAGAAAUGCUGGUAGAAGUUGGUGGUGAAAUGGAGAAGGUCCCUCAAAAACAGGAGAUUGAGAGUGACAAACUUCCACAGGUCAGCCCUGUUGAGCAUCAUCCUAAACGGAAAGGAACUUUGGCAGAGUUCAUCAUGGACAAUAAGCAUCCAGAAAUAGACUCUCAGACACCAGUAGACGAGGUGUCCUCUUUGCCUACAGCCUCUCAGGAUGAAAUAGAAUGUGCAAUUCAAGCUGUCAACCUGUUGAUACAAACCCAUCACCUGGACGUCUGUGGAGCCACACAGUUGUUACUGAAGAACAAUGGAGAGUUGACUGCAGCCAUGCACUAUAUGGAGACUGGUCACCGGCCAGAUGGUUAUCCCAUCUGGACCCAUCAAGAUGACAUUGACCUGGAGAAUGUCGAUGCACAAGUGCAGGAGAGGUUAAUCCAGAAAUUUGGCUCGGAGAAUUUAGCCAAGCGCAUUGCCUUUCGUAACAUUUAGCAGUAGAAAGGCAAUAAGAUGCUUGAACUCCUGUCUCGUUUUUUCGACAGUCUUGUUUGAACACUGAAGUUAAGAUGUGAACUUGCUCCUUGAAGGUUAAAGAGCUUUUGAUUGGAUGGAAGUUUCUGGGUUGAGGACUUGUUCAGCAAAGUUUAAUUUUGAAAUAAGUAAAAGAAAACUACCCCUAGCUUGGGACAUAUCUGAAAUUGACUUGUGGAUUAGGGAGGGAAAGAACAUGUGGCAAAAGUUUCAGAAAAGGAUUGCACUCCAAAGGACCAAGACUAGUUUGAUAAAGGUGUGAUUAGUGUUUUGAACAGAAACCUUUUUUUAUUAAAUUUUGGGAGGGUGAUAGAGUGGCACAGUGGUUAGCACUGCUGCCUCAACGCCAGGGACCCGGGUCAGAUUCCAGCCUUGGGACUGUGUGUGGAGUUUGCACGUUCUCUAAGUGUCUGUGUGGGUUUUCUCUUGGUGCUCCGGCUUCCUCCCACAGUCCAAAGAUGUGAAUUGUCCACGUUAAACAUAAUUUUGAAAUGAGUCUUCAGGGAUGUAUGAACUAGACGUGUUAGUCAGGGGGAAGUGUCGAAUAAUAAGGUAGGGGAAUGGGUCUGGGUGGGAUCCUCUUUAGCGAGUCGGUGUGGACUUGUUGGGCCAAAUGGCCUGUUUCCACACUGUAGGGAUUCUGUGAAAAACAUUUUUCAAACUGUUUUCAUGGACAAAAUUUAAGAAGCAAUGUUGAUCUGUGUAAUACUAUCCAAAUAUUACUUGUUGAGGAUUGAUUAUGAGAAAUUAAAAUCUAUAUCCAGUGAAAACCCAUCUGGUUUAGAAUACGUUAUGCUCCUAUGAACCCCCAACUAAGGUAUGCUAAAGUAGAAGCUAAGACAUAGUUUAUUGAUCUGGAAUCGAUGCUUCCCUCUCUAAAGAGACAUAGUUGUAACCACAGAAGAAAGCAGGAAUCCAGGUAUAACAAUCUCCUCCAUGGUCUACAGCAUGGACUUAUUUAAUGGUCACCUUGGCUAGUCGCAGAAAGACAACUAUGAGGUGAUCCUGUGCCCAGUUCUGCUUAUUGGCCUCCAUGCUGAAUAGUUAUGUUCAGGAGAUUGGGAUUGAAAUGCAAAUAAAUCUUGAAAGGAAACCCCUCCAAAAACUAUACAUAUUGAGCAAAGGGUCCUCGAGGCCACAGAAAUUACAAGUGGUUUGGGAACAGCAUUCCUUCUAAUUGUUUUCUGUGCUGCGCGGACUUCCAAGCUCCUCCAUCUGUGCCUUUUCAGCACCUGUGGCUGUGCAGUUUAGAGGGAACAAUGCCUGAGUCUCUCAACCAGUUAUUACACGUGAUUGCAGUGUGUAGCACCCACCAUACCACCUCUCCAUUAGUAUCUCUAUUGAUAUGUACUGAAAGACAAUUAACACACGCUUUCUAUUUGUCGACAUUAAUAAACUCUUACAAUGUGAUGGUUA